UUCUUGCAGACGGGAAAGUUUGACUGCAAAACUUCUUUGCAGCUGCUCCAGGAGUUUCAGUGGCAUUUGAAAAUUCCUGGGGAGUCGAAGGAAGGGGUUGGACUGCUCGCCUUCUGCAGCUCUGGAGAGAGAAGUCAGCAAUGAUCCUCCGGUGGAAUUUCUGGGCAGCUCUGUCUGCGGUCCUCCUUGCAGUCCAUACAUUCCCGCACACCAAUAUUAAAAUAAGCCAAGCUUUGCCAGAACCCAUCUUGUCCUAUUCUUGCCCUCUCUUCUGGACUGAAUAUGAAGGCUACUGUUAUCGAUAUUUUCCCAUCAAUAAAACUUGGGCCGAAGCUGACUUGUAUUGUGCGGAGUUUUCUAUCGGCUUAAAAUCAGCCAAAUUAGCAUCUAUUCACAGCUGGGAAGAGAAUGUCUUUGUCUAUGACCUAGUAAACAGCAGGGUGCCUGGUAUACCCAUGGAUAUCUGGGUGGGAUUGAAUGAUCUCAGACAGGAGAGCAACUUUGAAUGGACAGAUGGAUCUCCAUAUGACUACAACUACUGGGAUGGCAGUCAACCGGAUGAUGGGAUCCACACUAAACCAGAGGAGGAAGACUGUGUGCAGAUCUGGUACAGAUACAGCAGUGCUUUACGGUCUUGGAAUGACAAUAGCUGUAGCCGAGAAUUUCCAUUUGUGUGUAAGAUCCCAUCCCUGGCAGCUGAUUAGCCGGCUUUCCUGCCCUGGAGAAAUAAAACAUCUGAAU